AUGUUCUCCUCAUUUUCUCGCGCAUCCUCAAUGGCCAUUCGCCGGGUUGCCGUCCGAGGCUUUGCUUCGGAGGCUUCUCACAAGCCCGUCAUUCAAAUUUACGGCAUCCACGCCCGUUACGCCAACGCCACAUACAUGGCCGCCUCCAAGGCCGGUGUUUUGGAAAAGGUCGAGGGUGAACUCGCUGGGUUGGCCAAGAGCGCGGAAGAGUCUGCUGCCUUUGCCGGUUUCUUGGAGAAUCCCAUGAUUCCUCGCGACGAAAAGUCGAAACAAAUUGAGGACAUGCUCAAGACCAAGGUUUCUCCCAUCACUCUCAACCUUUGCACCACUUUGGCUGGAAACGCCAAAUUGAUUGAUCUUCCCAAGGUUGCUGACACUUAUGCAAGAUUGAUGAAGGCCAAGCGAGGACAAGUCGAUGCCGUCAUCAUUAGUGCCGAGGCUUUGACUUCCCAACAAUCCAGCCAAAUCGCUGCCGCCAUCAAGGCAUCCACCAAGGAUGCCAAGGAGGUCGUUAUUACUUCUGAAGUUGAUGCUUCCAUCAUUGGAGGAAUCCAAGUGCAAAUUGGAGAUCAAUUCUUGGAUCUUUCCGUCAAGUCGCGCAUUGAGGAAAUCUCCCGAACUCCCAUCUAA